CAAAUCCUUUUUUUUUUUUUUUCUUUUCUCACACCGGAGAGCCCUCCCCAAAUCGAGAAAAAACAAGUUACGUCACAUAGGAUCAUCACGGAAGUAAACGAGGCCACAGAGCGCAGACACUAAGAACAUUUGAGUUGUACGCAACUGCUACAGACAGAUCAGAUAUGCUGGGAGGAGGCUUCAAAGCCGAGAGGUUAAGAGUCAACCUCCGCCUUGUCAUUAACAGACUCAAACUCCUGGAGAAAAAGAAAACCGAGCUCGCUCAAAAGGCUAGGAAAGAGAUCUCCGAUUACCUGUCAACAGGAAAAGAUGAGCGGGCACGCAUCCGUGUGGAGCAUAUCAUCAGAGAGGACUACAUGGUUGAAGCCAUGGAAAUCUUGGAGCUUUACUGUGAUUUGCUCCUAACACGCUUCGGCCUCGUUCAGUCAAUGAAGGAGUUGGAUACAGGAUUACAAGAGGCAGUGUCCACUCUUAUCUGGGCAGCUCCUCGUCUACAGUCAGAGGUGGUGGAAUUAAAACUUGUAUCAGACCAGCUAUGUGCAAAAUAUAGCAAGGAGUAUGGCAAGCUAUGCAGGACAAACCAGAUUGGAACGGUCAAUGAAAGGCUUAUGCACAAACUUAGUGUGGAGGCUCCCCCCAAGAUCUUGGUGGAGCGUUACCUGAUUGAGAUAGCCAAGAACUAUAACGUGCCAUAUGAACCUGACGCAAUGGUCCGGCCUGAAGUGAGCCACGGAGAAGCAGACCUGAUUGACGUGAACAAUGACAAGAAGUCAGGAGGAGGGGGAGGGGGAGGAGGUGGAGGUUUCACUGCACCUGUCAUGCCCAUGCCGAUGCCAAUGCCGAUGCAUAUGCCUACACCAUUCAACUAUCCAACUCCCAAAGGAGAACCAUUCAAUCCAGCAAUUGGAUCUUACAACAGCUUCCCACACAACGUAGGCGGAGGGCAGCCCCCUCAGCUGCCCACUUCUCCCCCCACAUACGAGUCUAUUGAUGACCUAAAAAACUCUCUUCCUUCCCAGGCCACAGGGCCCUCGUCACAAAUAUAUGACAACAACUCUCUCCCAGAACUUCCUUCAGUCCCAGACACACUCCCGGCAACCUCCUUCGGCGCGGAUACCACCGGUUCGGAUGACAUCGACUUUGACGACUUAACACGUCGCUUUGAGUUGCUGAAGAAGAAAACUUAAAUCUGAAGAAACACAUGCUGGUAUUGUAGCUUGGUUACAGAUAACUACAGAAAUUGGAACAUGCUCUCGGCUCUGAUUUUAUAUACAUAUAUGAAAGAAAACAUUUAUUCUUACCUCGUAUAGUUAGAAUAUGGAUAUCUGUGAGGUUGGGAUUAUUUUUUUUUUUAAUGGAGAGUGUCUGCUAGGGUUUUAUAUACAAGAUAUUCUGAAGCUAAAUACAUCAUUGUCAAUGAAUCUUGCUUGACGUCACUUUUAACAUUUCCCUUUCAUUGGGAAGACAUGUUCAAAUGUAAUAUUGAUUUUCUGGAAUUUUUCCACUUGGUAAUGGCAAUUGUUCAAGACAUUACUGUUGGCAUGUACUGUGAUGCUGUCAUCCGACUAUCUUAGUUUCAUCUCAGACCAGUCAAACAAGUUAGACUGCCCGACCCAGCCUGAUGAGGUUUCUGUUCCUGUACUGUAAUUGUUUUCAAAAGGUCGCAGGACACUUUAAAACGUGCUCCAGUCCCUUCUUUUAUCUGUUCCCCACAUUGUGAGAGUGGCAGUUCAAGUGUUUUAUACAGUAAUGGAGUGUGGUAGAGUUCAGUUGUUUCGUUUUUGGCAAUUCUCUUAAUAUAUCUCUCCAUAUAAAGUACUCCAGGUUUACCAAACAGCUCCUGUGUAUCGAAGGAGAGGGCCACACAACUCAAUUUUACAUGUAACUAUUGACCCCACAGGUUUAAGGUUGGCCCCUGUUCCAUGUCUUAUACUUCUGCAUUUGCCUUAUUGUCCAUGUCUUACACUGUAUGUGCACUACUCCAUUUGCCUUAUUGUUCAUCUCUCACCAGAGGCCUUGCCAGUCUGUACAAGGAUUGCACAUCAAUGCACUUGCUAUCCAUUAAGACUGGAUAAUAUGUCAUCUGCAUUAAUGGGAAACUCUAAAUUGGCGAUUAAGUGUGAUUGUGAGUACAACUGGUUUGUUGUUUCUGUGUGCCUUGCGAUUGGCUGGCAACCAGUUCAAGGUGUACCCUAUGGAAGUAAAUAUGUGCCACCAGGAUUGCAGUUAAAAAUGCCACUGGAAAUUUUAUGUUGUAAAAUUCUCAUUAUUUGAAAGUGAUCACAUUUUGAAAAGCUGUAUUUCAGUUUCAGUUUUCAAUGUUAACAAAUUCGCCAUAUAAAAAAAUUCAAACGCAAUAUUUUCAGUCUCCUGAAAUUCAAGUGGCUCUCUGAAAUUGGCUAAAUUCAGUGUUCUGUGUAAUGAAGAACUGAAGUAACCCUGCCUUCUUAACACUGAAUUUAGACAGGGAAUUGCAGACAGCGAAUUGUAGCCAGGUGAGUCUCAGGAGACUGAAAAUAUUGAAUUUUGAAGGUUGAAUUUUUUUUUUUUUACAUCGUGAAUUUGUUAACAUUGAAAAGUUAAACUGAAAUAGUUAUUGAAAAUAUGAUCAGUUUGACAUGACAUAAUGUGAAUUUUACAACGUAAAUCCUAGUGACACAUAUUUACUUCCAUACUACCCCGCCUCCUACCUGAACAUUGCUGGGAUAGGCUCUGGCACUCCCGCGAUCCUUGUGAGAAUAAGCAGCUCAGGAAAUGGAUGGAUGGAUGUCAUCUCUGUUUUGUUUUAUAGAGCUGUCAUGUUACCCUUAUGUAUAUGGUCAAAGUUGAUGUUGAUAGCAUCUUCACUGUUAUUGUCAUGCACAUAACAUGUCCUCCAACUUCGCCACCCAAAUGUGCUAGCAUGGAUAAUGGGUAACAUUUUUAAACAAAAUGAUUCAGCAGUUUUGAGAAAAGAUGUCAAAGCCUAGAAGGCUGUAGAGUUUAAUGAACCUACAGAACUUGUGAUUUUUAUGUCUGACUCGUGUGUUUUCCCAUCGCUAUAAUAAAUUACACUUAAAUGAAAACCAA